AUGCCGCUAUCGAACACUUCAAUAGCAGUGUUGAGGCAACAAAUGGAUGAUAGUAAUCAUGAGUUGGUUAAUAUGUUAACUAAUCAAAUGGGUACAGUUUUUAAUCCUGUGAUACAGGAAUCUGCUGAAACAAAUAGGCAAGUGGCUAAUCAAUUGACACACUUGUGUAACUUCCUGGGGGCACCGGCUCGACAGAUGGCACAAGUGGUCAGGCAAACCAUUCCUGUUCAAGUGGAGUUACGGGCAGCAGAAGAUGAGACAGUCCAUGAGGGACAAAUCCUUAGACCCCAACAAAAUCAAGGCGUUGAAUCGGGAGUAGCAGGACGUAACCAGAUGGUGUUGGUUAACCAACAUCGGGAUACUGAUCAAAUUUCCGAUCAACAUCAACAAGAAGACUUAGAAGUAGAAAAUAAUUUGACAACUAUUGUCGAAAGGAUUAUGGCUAGGAAUGGUAUGAGUUCCACCUUACAAAGGCCACUAUAUGCUUCCCCAUUGGCUGAAUUUAUUCUCCAAAUCGAGGCACCUAGAGGAAUGAAAGUUCCUAAAUACACUAAGUUUGGGGGAGAAUCUGGUGAGUCGACAAUAGAACAUAUUGCCAGAUAUUUAACAGAGUCAGAAGAUUUGGCUCAUAAUGAGUGUUUGAGAGUAAUAAACUUUCCUUCCUCUUUGACCAAGGCUGCCUUCACAUGGUUCACUUCUUUGGCUCCAAGUUCAAUUGAUUCAUGGGCCAAGUUAGAAAAGAAGUUCCAUGAACAGUUUUAUGAAGGACACUCCAAAAUCAGUUUGGCAAAAUUGUCUAGCAUUAAGAGAAGGUUUGUUGAGAGUAUUGACGAGUAUCUGAAUAGAUUUAGAUCAUUAAAGGCCAGAGUUCGACAUCUCGAACGGCUGAGGUUAGAAAAGGUUAGACACAGUAAGGCUAAGAAGGAAAAAGUAGCGUCCGUCGACUAUGAUGCGACAGAUCCAAUCUAUGAGGUUGAUUAUGCCUCAUUGACCAAAUUAGAAAUUGACGUGGUUGAGUUAAAGCCAGUAUCUGCUUAUGAGUGUCGGUUAUUACUUCCUGCACAAGGGAAAAAUCCUGUCGAAAAUAAUCUAAAAUUCCCUCUAAAAACUUAUACAUUUGAUGUGACAAAGGAUCUGGUUCAGAAAGCAAUUGAAGAAGGCAGACUGAAAUUUGCUGGCCGCAAAAUGAAGAUCGACGCUGACCCUCUCCACUAG